ACGCCAUGGGCGAUUAGAUCCAGCUUUGGGAAGGUAGGGUAGACGUCACUCCUUCCCAGGCGGGAGCACACCAGGGAAUACGAGCUUCAUAACUCUUCCGAGCCCGCCCAGUUGCACUCGGGCUCUCUUGAUCAUCAUUCUAUGCUUUUGGACUGGAACCAAGAACCAGCCCUCUAUUUGAGACACAUCAUUUGACGACGUGAAGGCUUAGCAAACUCUUACUCUCUGCAGAAAUAACCAAGUCUACCAAUCACACACUCAAUAUGGAGACUGUGAACAACAUGGCGGCCGCGGCGGCCAAGGCCGUUUGGGGAGAGAACAAAACGACGGAUGCGCGAGAGCCUCUGUCGGGGGAGCAGGGCAAUACGGCGGCGGGCGAACCGUUUGACAAGGGCAACUUGGACAGUGACCAGGCUGUACUGAACAUGCCCACCACGAAACCCUCGACGGACACCAACACCUCUUCUACUCGCACGGAUCCUACUACGUCAACCCACAACACCUCCUCAUUGGAUCCCACCACCACCAAUCCUAUCAGCCCUGUCACCAGCGAGAUGACGCAUCGUCCAAAGGACACAACGUCAGACACGACAGACACGGCCUCCGCCGCCACCUUCGCUAAGGAGUCUGGCAGAGCUGCCGAGUCGGACAAAGUACCCGACAACCCGUCAACUGACUUCAAGGCCAAGUCCGAUGUCCCCGUGGACUCGACCAAGGGUCAAAAUGACGUGCGUGAUCCGGAGGACCCACAAACCAAUCCCAAGAACGCACCCACCGACGUCGACAAUACGGGCGAUGGCCCCAACGAGGCUCAGAAACUCGAAGGUGCCGGCCCCAAGCCUCUCGAAACCAUCGCCAAGGAGAAGGGCGGCGAUGCUGGCCAAUCUGGUGGCGCCGGAGGCGCUGAUAAAGGUGUCGGUGAGAAGGACGAGUCGGGUCCCGGUGCUCCGAGUACGGGUGAAGGUACCGGGGAGGAGUACGUGAAGAGUAGCGGGUUGAAGGCUGACGGAGGUGAUUUUGAUGCGACCAAGCCGGGCGCUGGGAGGGAAGCUGAUCGUCUGCUCGAAAAGAAGGGUAUUCACAAGGAGAAGCCUGACACGAAGCCUGAUGAGGGAGCUGACUCCGCUGCCAGCGGCUCACACGAUGCUGUGGAUGAGGCGGGUAAGAAGAAGAGUACCUUGGCCAAGAUCAAGGAGAAAUUGCACCAUAAGAAGGGCGAAUAAACAGCAAAUGUUGUGUUCAGGUACGAGGAAAUCAGACUUAUCGUGUGUGGAUGUCAAGGGUGG